ACUGUGCUGUCAGAAUUUAUUAAAAUCCCUAUUGUAAUUUGUAUUCCAGCAAAACAGGCUCCUGUUUUAGCGACACUGACGUGGCAUAUUGUUAUGUUUUGAAUCGUGUAACAAUAGAAAUUACAGAAAAUACGCCACCCGCUACCAGCGUGCAAAGUUCGGGCGGUGACAAAAAUUGCAAUAAAAGCUGGCAACAACCCACCACGCAACACCGCACGCCGUAGUCCAAGAGGCAAGGUAAGGCGACAGGUUCGCUGCUUUCAUCACUUGUACGUGACGCAUCUACUGUCCAAUCUACGACGGCAUACCAUACCGCCAGCCCGCUCGAUUAAAGCUACCGAUACUCGUCCGGUCCGAUCAAAACGCAGCACACUAUCAGCAACACAGGAGGAUUAGUGGCAGCAAAACGUAAACACAAUCCCUAGCUCGACACGAUGGGCCUGACAAUUUCCAGUGUGUUAACCCGGUUGUUUGGCAAAAAGCAGAUGCGCAUAUUGAUGGUCGGACUGGAUGCGGCCGGUAAGACAACGAUCCUGUACAAGCUGAAGCUGGGCGAAAUCGUGACCACCAUACCGACGAUCGGCUUCAACGUGGAAACGGUCGAGUACAAAAACAUCUGCUUCACCGUGUGGGACGUCGGCGGUCAGGACAAGAUUCGUCCGCUCUGGCGCCACUACUUCCAAAACACGCAGGGACUCAUCUUCGUGGUGGAUUCGAACGAUCGCGAGCGUAUCGUGGAAGCGGAAAAGGAGCUGCACAGUAUGCUGCAGGAGGACGAACUGCGUGACGCUGUGCUGCUGGUGUUUGCGAACAAGCAGGAUCUGCCCAACGCGAUGACGGCUGCCGAACUGACCGAUAAACUGCACCUCAACCAGCUACGAAACAGACAUUGGUACAUUCAGGCGACCUGUGCCACCCAGGGCCACGGGCUGUACGAAGGGCUAGAUUGGCUGUCAAACGAGCUGGCUAAAAAGUGAUGAUAAUCUGGUCCGCUGUCGACCGCGCUGUGCCGGAAAGGUUUAUUUUAUAAGACGCUGGUGUAUCGCCCGCCCGCUCCCCCCCCUUAUACAAUUGUCAUUGUUUUCAUAUGAAUAAACAAUAGGAUGAAGAUUCCAACCAUUAACACGAUUAAACGUAAA